AUGCUUGUUGGAGUCGACUUGCAUUCAAUGGCGAGGUUUUGCUUUGCAAAGAAUUGCUACCUGCAAUUCCGGCCCAUCAUGGCUCGAAAUAUUGAGUCUAAACACUUCGCAAGGGACCUAGACGAUGAGAUCGAUGAUGACGACUUGUUGAAGGCCUUAGAGAAUGAAGAUGACUCUGCCUAUCGAGCCCAACGUAUCGAAGAGCUCAAUGCCGAGUUUACGUCCGCGAAAAAUAGCCGGUCACCUGCCUCCGCCCUGGCUGAGACGACGAUUGUCGAAAAUAGCCUAUACCCAACGCUGAAAAGCGACCAGACAUUGCUCAACUUCACAACGGAGACCCACCGAUGUGUGAUCCAUUUUGCGCACCCUGAUUUCGCACGCUGCAGCACCAUGGACGAACAUAUGCAGGUCUUGGCGGCGCGGCAUUACGAGGCGCGCUUUGCUCGGGUCGAUGUUAGGAACACACCAUUCAUCGUCGAAAGGCUGAAGAUACGUGUUCUCCCAUGUGUGGUCGGUUUCAAAGAUGGGAUUGCUGUUGAGCGUGUGGUUGGCUUUGAAGGUCUGGCUUUGGGGGGGUGUGAUGGAACCGACAGCUUCAGCACGGUUACUCUCGAAAAAAGGCUGCUAUGGAAAGGUGUCCUUGCACAUGCGAAGCUCAAAGCCAACAAUGAGGACUCUGAGACAUCUGAUGACGAGGAGGACGGUGGCAGGUCACGAAACCAUGGGAGACAGGCUAUUCGAGGCGGGGCAACACGAUAUAACAGGGAUGACAGCGACAACGAUGACGAUUGGGAUUGA